AUGCACAUCCUCAUCAUCGGCGCAACGGGCCGCAACGGCGCCCUCGUCCAGGCCGAAGCCCUCUCCCGCGGCCACACCGUGACAACCCUAGUCCGCGACCCGUCUUCCCUCACAUCUCACCCCGACGUAACUCUCGUCCGCGGAACGCCGCUAUCCCUCCCCGACAUCCGGGCCGCCUUCCGAACCCCCCGCGCCCCGGACGCCGUCGUCGUGGCCCUCAACCCGCGCCGGCUGUCCGACUCGCCCUUCGCGGCGCCGCACCCCGAGACGCCCCCGGCACUGAUCCACGACUCGGUCCGUAACGCACUGGAGGCCAUGAGAGAGAACGGCGUGCGCAAGAUCGUCAUCAACAGCAUGCAGGGCAUCGGCGCCAGCAGCGGGAGCAUGCUCAUGCCGUUGCGCGUGUUGUUCGAGCACACCAACAUGAAGUACACCGUCGACGAGCACCGAGCCGUCGACGAGUUAAUGAAUGGGAAGGAAGGGGAGGACAUCGACUGGAUCAUGGUUCGACCGCCUAUGCUUACCGAGGGAGAGGCGUUGCCGAUCAAGAAUCUCGGUGACGAUGGCAAGGGGAUAUCCUGGCUGCCGAAAAUCACCAGGAAGAGUGUCGCGGCCUUCAUCGUUGAUGUCGCUGAGAACCCGGAAUGGAAGCGCAGGGCCCCGGUCAUCACGAACUAG